AUGCCGCGUCGAAAGCAAACAUCAUCAAGAAAAAGAAUUUUUCAGGAUUUGGACAACAUAGCAACAUCUGCAAAUCCUGUAAAUUUCGGACAUGAACAUACAGAAGCAUUGCAACAAUUGGAUGGCGGAAUGAACAACCUUCAAGAAACUGCUGAUGACAAUGUCCAGCUUGGACGCCGGAUGUCCUCAAGAAGAAGAUUUUUUCAGAAUUUGAAUAACGAAGAGGCAUUAUAUGUUUCUAAAACUUCUGGAAAUGAAGAUGAAAAUAGAUUAGGACGAUUAUCUGAGAGAAAGAGCAACCUUGGAGGAAGUGAUAAUCACAGUAUGGAGCUUGGAAGUCGAAGGUCAUCAAUAAAAAAUAUAGUUGCUUCCAAACCUUUUGAAGAUGAGCAUAAUGUAUCAGGACAAUUGGAUGACAGAAUGAUCAGUCCUGAAGAAAGAGUCGAAAAUGCCCCUGACAAUUUGUGUUCAUUUGGUCAAGCAAAUUAUCAAAGGCAGAAACAAGGUAUCAUUAUUGAGUACAAAGAUUUCAGCGACAAUACCCUUCAAUGUAAUCAUUGCAAUGCCUAUUAUUGGCGAGAUGAGAGGAAUACACGUGAAGUCUACACCGGUUGUUGUAAAGGAGGACAAGUGAGGCUUCGGUUCAUCUCUAUUUUGAACGAACUGAUUCUGAUUCAUAUUGUGUGUUGUUACUGCACAAGUAUAAGAUAGAGGUUCAUCUUAAGGAUGAAGACCAUUCAGCCUCGGCCAUACUCAUAGGUGGACCAGCAAGUACAC